GCACUCAUGGGGCGCAACCUCCUUCGAAAUCACUCGACCCCGCUCCCAGGGGUAAAGCCUCCCCAACGGGAACAGAACCUACAUGUGAGCUCAAUUUGUGACCAAGAACCACCGGGGCGUCCGCGGAGUCUUCACGGUGAGAAACACAGGAGUGGACGGGUAUUGGCGAGGAAGGCCAAGGCGGAGCGCCCGGUCGAUGGGCGUGGAAUGAAACAGAUGGCAGUAAAUAUGUAGGCCUGGGCUUACCUUGUCAAUCGAAAAGGCCUGUCCAAGGAUCCUAGCGCUGCCUGCUGAGCCAGUCAGGUUGGUUGCUGGUUCUCCCGUCGCA